AUGGCUUCCACCUCUGCUUCUUCAGUUCGUCUCGACAUUAUGUCGGACGCCGGAAAUGAUCAUGUCCCCUCUACACCCGCUCCUGAGUCUCCGGUCGAGUCGUCGUCGCACUCCUCACCAAGCGAGACCAGUGAAAGAAGUGUUACCCCAUCGUCAUCACUGACAUCUGUGUCUGACACGGAUUCAGUGAACAACUUGGAAAAACCUUCACUUUCAAUUGCCCAUGAUGCUAUGUCCAAGGGGCCGAACUCGAUCUUGAAGAAGGUCAAGCCGGCUCCAAGAACUAGUUCUGCUACCGGCAUUUCUACCACGGUCCCCGUCACUGGCGAAAGACCAAAGCCCGGUGCGCAUCCUACCCUGGAUGAUGAUGUUCUCUUUGCCAUCUUUAUGAUCUUGUAUUCACAUGAUCCUAAGGCGAAGGGAAUGACCGUCAAACAGAUCUGCGACAUUCUGAUUGAAAAACACCCCAAAAUGGCUACCCUUUCCUCCAAGACUUCCAACCUUGUCAGUGCUAAGCUUAACGCUUAUGUCAAGAGAGUUGAGAAGGGAGAAAGGUCCAUCAUCUAUGCUCUUUCACGUGAUUGGGCUGAUGCUUCGCCGAAGAGAAUGGUGUACGUCUACCGUGGUCUUUUGACCGAUGACUACUAUCUUCAUGUCAAGUCCAUGCUUGAGAGCCAAAAAGCUAUGGAGGCCUCUAACGGGCCUCUCUCUGGAAACAGCUCCAUGAUGGACGAUGACUCUGUCAGUGCAGAUGCUCAGGGAAAGUAUAAGAAGAAGAAUGGAAUCCCAACUUUUGAUAUGGGUUCUCGUUCCCCUUUCCUUGAAAGUCCUUUGGAUUUACGUUUGCCUCAAUUAUCCAUUCCUUAUUCGGUUGCUCCUGUAACUGCUUCUCUCAACGACGAGAAUAGGUCUCCGUUCAAGCCUGGCCGCAAAGGUGACAGUAACGCCUCUGAUUAUGAGUACGAUGAGUUCGACACUUUCAGAGACGAUGACGAUGACGAAGAUGAUGAGCUCGAGACCGAAAUCAUGUACAGACGCUCGAGCUUGGUUCAAAGAGGAGGUGCGAUCCCACCAACAACCCUCUCUACCAAGCGGUCUAAGUCUCUCUCCUCACUGAGCAAGAGACCUCGUCAUAUAACUGCCGCUGCUGCUGCCCCCAGAAUCCCAAGGGUUUCCGUUUCGACUCCCGGUGCUGCUGCAGCUGUUGCUGCUCUGAGAGCAGCCACUCUGCAGGCAAUGUCUCCAUCCGAGUCCUUUGGUGAAAGUACCUUCUUGACAGACCCAUCUGUUGAGCCUUCUGCCAGUGUCAAAUGGCUUGAGACUUUGAGAUCCGGGUUCUUGACCCAAGAAUUCACCGCUCCAGAGGACUUGUCUUUGGCAGAACUGGACGCCUUGUUUGCUUGA